AUGCAGGCAAUCACCGCCUCGUCGUCAAUCGCGCGCGCGCGCUUCGCAGCGCCUCACAAGGCUGAGCGCGCCUCCGUCUCCCGCCCUGCCGCGACCGGCGGUGGCGUCGCUGCGCGUCGUGUCGGCAGCAAUCAGUCAUCCAUCGCGCUCCAGGCCACAGCCACUGCCGCUCUCUCCGCGAUCUCCGCCCCGACCGCGGCGUUCGCGGCUGCCAUGUCGCCCCUUCAGCCCAUCGCGGAUGUCGCCGGGGACGUCUUCGCCGAGACCGGCAUCGGCCCCGCGCUCUGCGUCGCGGGUACCCUCUGGGUCGGGUACAUCGUCUUCACCGGCACGAGGACCAUCAAGGCGCUGAAGGAGGAGCUGACCGAGAUGGGGUACGACGUGGAGGAGUUCAACAGGAUCGGCGAGCUCAAGGCGAUCAAGCGCGCGGUGGAAGACGGCACCGUGGACUCGAUCUUCGACAAGGUGUGGUACUCGCGCGCGGCGAUGGCGGCGGGCAGCGGCUCCAUCGUUGACGUGCAGAAGGUUCAGGCGUACUGGAAGGGCAAGGGGAUCACCGUCAAGACCCUCGCUGACCUGGACAAGGUGACCGCGUACAUGAUCAAGAAGUACGGAAAGGACGAGAAGAUGGGGAUGAUGUAA